GUAGCAGAGCAGCAAACGGAGAAAGCAGAUCGGGAGCAGAACUGUAAAAGUUUUUCACAAACCUUCCAAAAGGAUUUUUUACAUCUUGAAUUUACAUUUAAUAGAGUUUGCUUGGAGCUUACUUGUCUUUCGGGGAACAAUGAUGUUUACCGGUUUCAACACGGAGUGCGACUCUUCCUCACGCUGCAGCACCGCGUCCCCGUCCGGGGAUCUGGGAUAUUACGCGUCACCGGCAGGAUCUUACUCCAGCAUGGGAUCUCCCCAAUCUCAGGAAAUCACAGACCUGACAACAUCAAGUGCCUCCUUCAUCCCCACUGUCACGGCUAUUUCGACAAGCCCAGAUCUGCAGUGGAUGGUUCAGCCUCUGAUCUCCUCAGUGGCUCCUUCUCAUCGGGCUCACCCCUACAGUACAAGCCCCAGCCCGGCAUAUUCCAGAUCAGCCAUGAAGUCUGCAGCAUCCAAGGCUCACAUGACUACUAAGAGAGGCAGAGCUGAACAGAUAAGCCUUGAGGAGGAGGAGAAGAGAAGAAUUCGCAGAGAGAGAAAUAAGCAGGCAGCAGCUAAAUGCCGCAACAGGAGGCGAGAGCUUACAGACACCCUGCAAGCUGAAACUGAUAAGCUGGAGGAUGAGAAGUCCAGCCUGCAGAAUGACAUUGCCAACUUGCUGAAGGAGAAGGAAAGGCUUGAGUUCAUUCUGGCUGCCCACCAACCCAUCUGCAAAAUUCCCUCAGAGCUAGAAACAGACUUCCCCAUGUCCUCCAUCUCGCCUACCCACUCCUGCCUCUCCACUGGUGUGACCUCCCAACCAGAAGCAUCCAGUAUUACUUCCAGCCAGCCAAGUCUCACCUCAACCUCCAACUCCAUCUUCUCCAGUACCAGCUCUGUCCUUUCCACUGCCACCAUCUCUGGCACCACAGUCAAGAUGACAGACCUGGAGGCCUCUGUUCUGGAGGAGUCCCUGGAUCUGCUGGCAAAAACAGAGAUGGAGACAGCACGGUCAGUGCCAGAGGUUGACCUUGCCAAUUCCAUCUAUACAAAUCAGGACUGGGAGCCCCUUCAUUCCUCAACCACUAAUAAUGACUUUGAACCCCUGUGCACGCCUGUUGUGACCUGUACUCCAGCCUGCACCACCUACACGUCUUCAUUUAUGUUCACCUUCCCGGAGGCUGAGACCUUCCCCACUUGUGGCAUUGCACACAGAAGAGGAAGCAACAGCAACGAUCAGUCCUCAGAUUCUCUCAGCUCACCAACCCUGCUGGCUCUUUAAUGACUCUUCCUAAAACAAUAAUUCUUCCUACCUGGCACAUUUUCUUGACAUGAGAUAAAUGUGCAGAUCACAGGGCUGUGGAACCGACUUAUACCAGAAGGCAAAUUAUUUAUGAUUUUGUCUGCCUUUAUCUAUACUUGCCUAUUACACCAAUGUAGCAAGUUAAUACGCAUGUUUUAAUUAAUACACCUAGUUGUUCUAUGAGUUCCUAUAUGAUUUCUUGGUGCUAGAUAACAAAAUCUUGUUGUGUAUUGAUGUGUUCAGAGCAAUAGUUAUUAUUUGAUCCAGUUUGUUUUCUGGUAAAUGGAAUGUGAAAUGUUUGUGAACCUUUAAAAACUGGUGUGCUUUGUCUUAACCAUGGUCUGAGUGGUCUAUGAGAGUAUUCAAGUUUUCUGUGAAAACAAUAGUGCUUUUAAUUUAUGAAAUUUAAAUUUAUUUUUUUACACAGAGUGUGAAGACAAAUGUUAUUUGUAAGUUAUGUAAAUAAAAGAUAGUGAUA